GCAACACCGCUCCAUACAGAUAAUCACCUCACCUAUACAACCACGCAACGCAACCCCCCCUCUGCCCCCUCACUCCAUAACCCCCAAUCCUCACUCUCACUCCCUACCCAAAACUAGGGUUUCUUAUUCUCCCGUCCAUUCCAAAUUCCCCUUUAUAUACCAGGCGUGAUCGACUGUAUCACCUCUGGUCAAAUACCAUAAUCGAUUUAUCGCCGGAGAUUAAGGAUAUACACGAUCGGAUCAGGGGCAGCGCAUCGUCGUCGAUAGCACUUCGAGUAUGACGGGCAAGGCGAAGCCGAAGAAGCACACGGCGAAGGAGAUCGCGUCGAAGGUGGACGCGGCGACCACCAACCGCGGCGGCGGGAAGGCGGGGCAUGCUGACCGGACGGGGCAGGACAAGGGCGGGCACGCGAAGUUCGAGUGCCCACACUGCAAGGUCACUGCGCCCGACGUGAAGUCGAUGCAGAUCCACCACGAUGCGCGCCACCCGAAAAUACCUUUUGAUGAGUCGAAAGUCACGAAUCUUCACGCUGUCCAUACGGCGGAGACCUCCAAGGCCCGUCCCGGCGUCCGCGGAAGCUUCAAGAAGUGAAUGAAUCGAACAUUGAGUAGGAAGGUCUCUGCUUCUGAGUAUUCUACUUUGUUCAUCUUUGGCUUGUGUUGUAUGUGGAUGUGAAGUUUACAAAGCGUCGUUGAUAUGCGUAAUAGUAGAAUUCCCUUAUUAUUAUUAUUA